CGGACAAGUAAACCCUCAUUCAUUUUUGGAGAUAUCCACUGAAUGUAUCGCUUAUUCCCGUUCUACAUCGUUGCAGAUAUUACGUUAAACUAAACUUCUAAAAUGGCCGAAUUUCAAGCGGUAAUCAUGGCGGCUGGCACAGGCUCGCGAAUGUUUCCUUUGACUGAGAAAAUUCCCAAAGCUCUCUUGCCUGUGGGAAAUUUACCAGUGAUAUGGUAUCCCAUCAAUUUGCUGGAUAAAGCAGGCUUUGAGGGUAAGGAACAUAAAUUUUUUGUUAAAGCUUUCCUAUGUACACUGAAUUCCUGGUGACAAAAUGCUUAAAAAUAUGUUGGAAAUCUUACCUUACCCAGAGAUUCCCAGAGUACAUAAAUGUUGUGGUUCAAUCUUUUUUUUGGGGGGGGGGAGGGGUUAAAUUUAUUAACUUUACUUUGUUUCGUUAUCAGACAGACAGCCUUUAUUUUAGCACGAUGAUAUUAAAAGCAUUGCAGCUUAUGGGGUCAUGAAGUAAGACAGACAGACAGCCUCAUUAUGAUACAUCACCAUAACCUAAAACAAAGGAAAAAUUAUUAGCUGGGUGCAGGGAAAAAAUUGACAAUUCCGUUGCUUCCACCCCAUCAGUUUUUUCCUUGUGUCUUUUUUGCGUUUGCCGUGUACAAAUUAACUCGAUUCCCACCAUCUGAAUGCCUGAAACAGGCUACAUAACCCUCUCCCUAUGCAUUUCUCAUUCUCAUAUGUGUACAUCAUGCAUAGACUGUCAUUGGUACCCAGGAAGGGUAGGGUCUAUUUUGGGAUGCAACCACUGGUAGAUGAGUCACUGGCGACACUGAAAAGUGCUGUCAAUUUUUGCAUUAGUGACUUUGUCUAAAGAAAAAAAAAUUAAAGUUGCUGAUUUGCAACGCCAUCACUGGUUUCCCUGCAAAAUAAUGUCUGAGGAGUAAGCAAAGAAAUUCCGUACUGGUGAUGCACUACCCAGAUUUGGAUGGUGCUUCUGAUUGGUCUUGCUGGCAGGGAAUUUUAUUCCACAUUUUGGGGACCCUCAUUAAGGUUUGGCUGCUUACAUGGCCUUUAACUGGGAACUGAUAACAGUUAACAACAAUAACAUGUCCAUGUGUUGAUUUUUUUGCCAGAGAUCAUUAUUAUAGUGCUCGAUUCAGCACUCACACAAUUCCAUCAAAUUUUAACAAGCCUCUGUAAUCCAAAACUGAAGUUGGACUUUGUUACCAUUCCUGAUGAUGAAGACUUCCACGGUACUGCUGAUGCUCUUAGGCACAUUAAAGACAAAAUAGAGGUAUGUGCCUUGAUUUCUGUGUGGCAAGUGUAAAGAAAUAGUGUCUUACAUGGUGGACUUUGUCAAGUAAUCCCUCAGUUCACUAGCCUGUGUAGUAAGCAAUUUUCUUGGAGUGGCUAGAGGAUAAAAUUUUGUUGCAAAGCUGCGAAAACAUGUAGCAUCUUUAUCACUGCUUCAAUGAAUUAAACAGUUGCACUGGAUCGCAGUUCGAUUUUGUUAAGAUCAAUUUUCCCCACGCAGCUGCAUAAUAAAACAAUGCAUUCGCCUUACAAUGAUGUAAAUUCAGUGAGAUUUGCAGUCGCGCCAUAUCAAACAUACCCCCAUAGAUUCUGUUAAUGAAUUGGUUAUUUGAAACAUGAAUCUGUUGGUCAUUGCCGCAGCCAGAAUCAAAUUAAACAUCUGCAUUCUUAUAUGCAUAAUGAGCAGUGAAAUUAUUAACCUCUCUGUAUUCAAUCAGAUUGAAAACUGUUUGGAUGGAUAAAAUUUCUUUGAAGACAUUUACAUCAAAUUCAAGAAAGUAGAGCUGGUAUAAAUUUGUCAUAACUAACUUGUGGGUGAAUUCUCUGCUCAUGACACAUGAAGGAAUGCAGACAUAAAUCUGGAAUCUAGCAACUACCAAUGGUUUCAACUUUUAAAUAUAAAUAAAUUCAUUAAUGGCAAAUACUAGUAUACUACAUAAUCAUAUGACUCAUUCAAAUACUCUUUUUAUUGUCAAAAUUUUUGCAGAAAGAUGUUUUUGUUGUGAGUUGUGAUCUUAUCACAGAUGUUGCUCUUCAUCAUCUUGCUGAUAUUCAUCGCAGCCAUGACUCCACCCUUACUGCUUUUCUGGCUCCUGUGCCACAGACAAGUGCAGACAGAGAAGCUGCUAAUAAUCCCAAAGCAAAAAAGAAAACUGACACUUCAGGUAUAUACUUGUUGCUAAAUACGUGUUUUGCUGCAGAGGUGAAAUACUAAUAUUAUAGUAAAAUUAUAUUAACUCUCUAUUAGAAGCCCUAGGAGUGAUGACAGCAUCAAAUUUGUCCUUGUAAAAUGAAAUACCUCAUAAAAAAAGAGUGCUCACUGAUCAACUAAGAAUUGAUUGGUAAUAUAUAAAAUCAUUUGUUGUUUCUUUAUUUGAACAGGCCAGCUUGAUUACAUCGGAAUUGACUCAAGAGAGAACAAGCUGUUGUUUUUCAAACCUGAAGCUGAUCUAGAUGAAGCGUUAGUAAUAAGAAAACCUCUUCUUAAAAGGUACAGUUUCCGUUAUGGUACCUGAACCUCUAUCGCUCACACAGAUAUUCUUGGCUUCAUCUUUCUAUACACAGCUGUAGUCAACAGUCAGUCAUUGGACAACGUGUAACUAAAUUGACCCACGUGAAAAAUGCCUCAGAAAUUAAACUGACUAUUAUUGAAAACAGUUUUGAAUCUUUGGGAAAAUGAGCUUAAUUCCAAACUAAAACACCAAAAAUCUAAAACUUCAGUUAUAUCCAGGAGAAUUGGAGACUCAUACAGGAGAUUUGGAAAUUUGUGCCAUACAAAUCACAUACAUAUAUCAGGGAGACCCAUAGAUAAUCUAUGUUUAAAAUAGAACUCUGCAAAUUAAUGACCGGCACUUUUACUACACUACAGCCAUUUCCGCUGUGUAUGUAGAAUUGGCCACUAGUUUAUGGGGAUGUUUCUGUAUUGCUGAGGACAUUGAUAUUGUGAUAGAACUAACUUUUGUAGCCGUUGUGGCAGUGGUAUUACUUUGCUUAUACUGCUACAUGAGAAAUUUCUGUAAUUUGAUUGGCUUAGAGCAGUGGUAUUUCAGCUUAAUUUGAAAUACCUACAUGUGAAAAAAACCUUUUGUGGGUAGUAUAACAAAUAAUAGCAUUAUUUGUACGUGAUAUUUGGCGUAAAUACCACUUGUGAUAUUUCAAAAUUGUCUCAAAUUUCACUCGCCUAACAGCUCGUGAAAUUAUGUAUAACAAUUAUUUUGAAAUAUCACUUGUGGUAUUUAUGUCAAAUAUCACCACAAAUCAUGCUAUUACCUAUACAAACAAAAAUAUUGAUCCACUUUUAUAGAUAUCCUUGUAUCAACAUUGUAAAGAAUCUAAUGGAUGCACAUUUAUACAUAAUCAAGAAAUGGGUGGUGGAUUACCUGGCAGAAAACAAGUAAGAGUUUUCCUAAGGUGUACAUGUCAGAAAAUUAACUCAACUUUGUAAGAUUUCUUUGUGAAAAACUUUAUGGAUUGAACAAUGUUUUAAUUUCAGGGCAAUCAGCUCAAUAAAGGGGGAACUCAUUCCUUAUCUGGUGAAUAAACAGUUUCAAGAACACAAAAAUGUGGACAGAGAAGUCACUGGAACUGCAGAAAAGAAGUGUCUCAAUCAAGAGUCAGGCAAUAGUAAAAUAGGUAAACACCCUUCGGGGGCAGUUAGUCAGGUUGAUAAAUCUUACAGUAAACUUUCACCACAAACAUUUUAUCGACCCUACUAACUGCCCCUGGGUCUCCAAGGAUGUGUAUUUCUCAGCUAUCCUCAUGGCUGAACUUCUCUCCUGGUCUUUCAAAAUACACUGAAAUGUGCUUUCGGUCCCCUCAAAAUUUAACUUUCUUAAGAAAAAGGGACAUCCCCUUUCUUAUACCCCCUUCCACAUACGGCUGUGCCACAUGAAAAAAAACCUUUCAAUCUUCUCUUAUCAGCUACUUGAUUUUUCCCCUUAUACCUUAAAAUUUUUGGAGAACCCUGAUAAAGCUUGUUAAUCUUUGCUUUCUUACCAGAUAUUUAUGACUAUGUAAGAGAGGGUGACAUUACGUCAUAUACCAGAGAGUUAUCCUCCUGGAGUGGUACACUAACAGAUAUCGACCAUAGCAACACCAUCAGAUGUCAUGCAUUUCUCAUGGAAAGUGGAACAUGUCUUAGAACAAAUACUGUACCACUGUAUAUGGAGGCAAACAGACUGGUAUUUUUUUUUCUUUCUGUGCACUUCACUUAGAAAUAAUUAUUGGCAGAUUAGAUUAUAACUUAUCCUUGGAGAGUGAGUGGAAGUCGCUCAUGGUGCCACAAUGUAGUUGUAUGUUAUAUGUUGUGUGGAAAGAGUUAAAUGAAUGGUAGGUUGCAGGUGUUUCAAUAUUGAAUUUAAAGAUAUUUCUAUUUUCUUACUAUAGAUAUCAAAACUUUUGCCGUCUCUGACAGCAAAGGAAAUCCCAUUGAUUCACCCAUUGGCAUCAAUAAACCCUAAAUCACAGGUAGGAAAUCAUUUAAUUAUAUGGUGCAUUGAAUCAUAUAUGACAGGUUUUGCUACAUGUACAGUGUAUGUGCUAAGAAGAAUGACUCAGUAAUAUUGAUUAACCCAGUGGUUGUUGGUUCUCACUGCUGCUUCCCCUCCUUCCAACCUCAAGACAUAUUUCCUUCCUUCUACCACUUAAUAUAAUAAAUAUUUUGCUUUAAAACUCCGUUUCAUAAUAAUUUUAGUUUGAUCAAACUUUAAAGGCUGGUAGUACAUCAAACUGCAAAAUCGCUUCACUACUCCACCUCUGGAUCUUAGAGUCUAAAUGAAGAUUUCUUUUUCUAUUUUUCAGGUGGGGAAUGAUUGUAUGUUGGAUGACAGCGUUUCAGUGGGAGAGAAAGUUUCAAUAAAGAAAUCUGUGAUCGGUAAACACACCACCAUUGGAGAGAAAGUCAAGAUCAGUAACUCUGUAAUCAUGGAUCAUGUAACCAUCAGAGACGGGUAAGUCAAUAAUAAUAUUAUUAUUACAAACAAUGCCAACCAUCCCUUUCUUCUGAUCUUCGAAGACUCAGGGACAGUCAGGUAGGGCAGAAGAAUUCACUUUAAAAGUGCUGUCAGUUUUUGUCAUCGUAUAAUUUUCACCCGCCCCAACUAAGUGUUGCUCUUUCUUUUUCUGCCAGUGCACAGUGGAUCCUUUUAAAACAGUGAAGUGGCUUGAAUUAUAUUAUUGGUGAUGAAUGUUUUUUUUUUUUACACUUACAGUCACACCAGGUAAAGCGUACCGCCCCUAGAUUCCAUUAAUGAAUCCAUUAUUUGAAAAAAUGAAUCUGUUACUGUUGUGCCACAACCAGUAUUCCAAAUUCAAAUCUGCAUUUCUGCAUGCGUAAUGAGCAGUGAAUUUUUAGCUACAACUUCUCAGUUUUUGGUUGGAUUGAAAAAUCUUUGAAUGGAUAAAAUGCUUUGAAAGUAUUAUUUUAUAUCAAAUUUAUGAAAACUGAGCUGGCAGAAAUUUUAUAACUUCUUCAUGUGGGAAUUCACUUCUCAAUGACAAUAGGCAUGCAGGAAUGCAGAGAUGAAUCUGAAAUCUACGAUUACCAAGUACCAAUGGAUUUAACUUUUGAAUACAAUUAAAUUCAUUAAAAAAUCAAUUCUUGUGGGGUAUGCUUGACCAGGCUUGACCUUAACAUUCUGUUAUUAUUAUGGUUUGGCCUUGCUAGAUGCAACAUCCAAGGGAGCAUUAUAUGCACAAACGCAUACAUCAAAGACAAUGCGAGUCUUAAAGAUUGCCAGGUUGGAGACUCGCAUACCAUAACAGAGGCAGGUGAGUGGUUGAUUGAGGCUAUUUAA